CCGGCGGAGCUUUUCAAAUUCGAACGGCCUGGGCGGGCGGAGGAAGGAGCUGGUGUUUUGAUGACUGCUGCCGUAUCUAGCGGACGAUUGCACGGUUUACAGAAAUUCGGUCCCUGGGUUGUGUCGGGAAACUGGAAAAAAGGUCAUAAGCAUGAAGCGUGGUUCGGUUUCCACUGGUGGUGCUGGCCGCCUCUCUAUGCAGGAAUUAAGAUCCCAGGACCUGAAUAAACAGGGCCUCUAUACCCCUCAAACCAAAGAAAAAACAACCUUUGGAAAGUUGAGUAUAAACAAACCUGCAUCUGAAAGAAAAGUCUCUGUAUUUGGUAAAAGAACUAGUGGACAUGGAUCCCGGAAUAGUCAACUUGGUAUAUUUUCCAGUUCUGAAAAAAUUAAGGACCCAAGACCACUUAAUGACAAAGCAUUCAUUCAGCAGUGUAUUCGACAACUCUGUGAGUUUCUUACAGAAAAUGGUUAUGCACAUAGUGUAUCCAUGAAAUCUCUACAGGCUCCAUCUGUUAAGGACUUCUUAAAGAUCUUCACUUUUCUUUAUGGCUUCCUGUGUCCCUCAUACGAACUUCCUGACACAAAGUUUGAAGAAGAAGUUCCAAGAAUCUUUAAAGAUCUUGGGUAUCCUUUUGCACUAUCCAAAAGCUCCAUGUAUACAGUGGGGGCCCCUCAUACAUGGCCUCAUAUUGUGUCAGCCUUGGUUUGGCUAAUAGACUGCAUCAAGAUACAUACUGCCAUGAAAGAAAGCUCACCCUUAUUUGAUGAUGGACAGCCUUGGGGAGAAGAAACCGAAGAUGGAAUUAUGCAUAAUAAGUUGUUUUUGGACUACACCAUAAAAUGCUACGAGAGUUUUAUGAAUGGUGCUGACAGCUUUGAAGAAAUGAAUGCAGAGUUGCAGUCAAAGCUAAAGGAUUUAUUUAAUGUAGAUGCUUCCAAGCUGGAAUCAUUAGAAGCAAGAAACAAAGCAUUGAAUGAACAGAUUGCAAGAUUGGAACAAGAAAGAGAAAAAGAACCGAAUCGUCUAGAGUCAUUAAGAAAACUGAAAGCAUCCUUGCAAGGAGAUGUUCAAAAAUAUCAGGCAUACAUGAGCAAUUUGGAGUCUCAUUCAGCCAUUCUUGACCAGAAAUUGAAUGGUCUCAAUGAAGAAAUUGCUAGAGUAGAGCUAGAAUAUGAAGCAAUAAAACAGGAGAACACUCGACUACAGAAUAUUAUUGAUAACCAGAAGUACUCAGUUGCAGACAUUGAGAGAAUAAAUCAUGAAAGAAAUGAAUUGCAACAGACUAUUAAUAAAUUAACCAAGGACCUGGAGGCUGAACAGCAGAAGUUGUGGAAUGAGGAACUAAAAUACGCAAGAGGCAAAGAGGCGAUUGAAACACAAUUAGCAGAGUAUCACAAAUUGGCUAGAAAAUUAAAACUUAUCCCUAAAGGUGCUGAGAAUUCCAAAGGUUAUGACUUUGAAAUUAAGUUUAAUCCUGAAGCUGGUGCCAACUGUCUUGUCAAAUACAGGGCUCAAGUGUAUGUACCUCUGAAGGAACUGCUGAACGAAACUGAAGAAGAAAUUAAUAAAGCUCUAAACAAAAAAAUGGGUUUGGAGGAUACUUUAGAACAAGAUGAAAAAGGUGCCAAUGAGCUUGAGUCCUUGGAGAAGCACAAGCACCUGCUGCAGAGUACUGUGAACGAGGGUCUCAGUGAAGCUAUGAAUGAAUUGGAUGCUGUUCAGCGGGAAUACCAACUAGUUGUCCAGACCACAACUGAAGAAAGACGAAAAGUGGGAAAUAACUUGCAGCAUCUUGUAGAGAUGGCUGCUACACAUGUAGUAUCUGUAGAGAAACAUCUUGAGGAGCAGGAGGCUAAAGUUGACAGAGAGUAUGAAGAAUGCAAGUCAGAAGAUCUCUUGGAAAAUAUUAGAGAGAUUGCAGAUAAGUAUAAGAAGAAAGCUGCUCUACUUAAGGCUUCUGAUGAAUGA